AUGAGUGGCCUCUACAAUAUACUCACUGGCCGACACGAGGCGCAGUACGCGCAGCUCAAGUCGCGUUGGGCGGAGCGGAUGCUGGCCGCGCUGCACAAGCACUACCCACAGACGGAGGGGCGCGUCGUCGCGGUCGAUAUCUCCACGCCCCUGACCAUCGAGAACUAUCUGCGCUCUGGCAAGGGCGCCGCGAUCGGGCUCGACGUGACGCCCGCGCGCUUCGUCGACGAGGACGAGGCAGCGCUGCCUGGGCGCGCUGUGGGCUGGCGCCAAUAA